AUGCCAGGAACUGAGGAGAGGCUGAAGGACAGGACCUAUGUCUUCCACCGGUACAGCAACCCUAUCUUAGAUUAGGUUUUUCUUUCCUUUUUCUUUCUUUCUUUCUUUCUUUCUUUCUUUCUUUCUUUCUUUCUUUCUUUCUUUCUGUAGGACAGGACCCACGCCAGCCAGCGGAGCUAGUCCACCCUAUUUUCGGCCCUGGCUCGGGUCUCAGUGCGGUAUGACAUUGUCGAUGACUUUAGACUUUAUAAAGUGAAUGAUGGAUUACAUGAAUGACAUGUUGCCGUGGAAACCAGAUUAUGAUUCAAAACAAAACAUUCCGAGUUCCAGAAUCAUCUCAUUGUUCUUCUGCAGCUCUGAGGUCAUCGAUGAUGUCAUGAAGCUUUGAUGUAUAGAAACCAUACCAACCAAACGGCCAGUUCAUCCAACCCAAUCGUCAGACCUGGCUCUGGAGAGCCGGCGUCUCAGGAGAGGCUAAAGGACAGGACCCACGCCAGCCACCACAACAGCAACCCUAUCUCAGGAUAGGUUUUUCUUUCUUUCUUUCCUUUCUUUCUUUCUUUCUUUCUUUCUUUCUUUCUUUCUUUCUUUCUUUCUUUCUGUAGGACAGGACCCACGCCAGCCAGCGGAGCUAGUCCACCCUAUUUUUGGCCCUGGCUCGGGUCUCAGUGCGGUAUGACAUUGUCGAUGACUUUAGACUUUAUAAAGUGAAUGAUGGAUUACAUGAAUGACAUGUUGCCGUGGAAACCAGAUUAUGAUUCAUAACAAAACAUUCCGAGUUGCAGAAUCAUCUCAUAGUUCUUCUGCAGCUCUGAGGUCAUCGAUGAUGUCAUGAAGCUUUGAUGUGUAGAAACCAUUCCAACCAAACGGCCAGUUCAUCCAACCCGAUCGUCAGACCUGGCUCUGGAGGGCCGGGGUCUCAGGAGAGGCGAAAGGACAGGACCCACGCCAGCCACCACAACAGCAACCCUAUCUCAGCCAGCAGAGCCAGUCUACCCAAUCUUCGGGCCCAGCUCUGGAGAACGAUUUUCAGGAGGGGCUGAAGGACAGGACCCAUGUCAGCCACUGGAACAGCAACCCUGUCUUAGAUUAGGUUUUUUUGUUUCUUUUUUCUUUGUUCUUUUCUUCUGAAGGACAGAUCCCAUGCCAGGAACUUAGGAGAGGCUGAAGGACAGGACCUAUGUCUUCCACCGGAACAGCAACCCUAUCUUAGAUUAGGUUUUUCUUUUUCCUUUCUUUCUUUCUUUCUGUAGGACAGGACCCACGCCAGCCAGCAGAGCCAGUCUACCCAAUCUUCGGGCCCAGCUCUGGAGAACGAUGUUCAGGAGGGGUUGAAGGACAGGACCCAUGUCAGCCACUGGAACAGCAACCCUAUCUUAGAUUAGGUUUUUUUGUUUCUUUUUUCUUUGUUCUUUUCUUCUGAAGGACAGAUCCCAUGCCAGGAACUUAGGAGAGGCUGAAGGACAGGACCUAUGUCUUCCAACGGAACAGCAACCCUAUCUUAGAUUAGGUUUUUCUUUCUUUUUCCUUUCUUUCUUUCUUUCUGUAGGACAGGACCCACACCAGCCAGCAGAGCCAGUCUACCCAAUCUUCGGGCCCAGCUCUGGAGAAUGAUUUUCAGGAGGGGCUGAAGGACAGGACCCAUGUCAGCCACUGGAACAGCAACCCUGUCUUAGAUUAGGUUUUUUUGUUUCUUUUUUCUUUGUUCUUUUCUUCUGAAGGACAGAUCUCAUGCCAGGAACUGAGGAGAGGCUGAAGGACAGGACCUAUGUCUUCCACCGGUACAGCAACCCUAUCUUAGAUUAGGUUUUUCUUUCUUUUUCCUUUCUUUCUUUCUUUCUGUAGGACAGGACCCAUGCCAGCCAGCAGAGCCAGUCUACCCAAUCUUCGGGCCCAGCUCUGGAGAACAAUGUUCAGAAGGGGCUGAAGGACAGGACCCAUGUCAGCCACCUGAACAGCAACCUUAUCAUAGAUAAGGUUUUUCUUUCUUUUUUCUUUCUGAAGAACAGGACCAACGCCAGGCAGCAGACCCAGUCCACCCGGUCGUCGGGCCCAGCUCCAGAAAAAAGGGGCCUCAGAAGAGGCUGUAGGACAGGACCCAUGCCAGCCACCAGACAAGGACCCAUGCCAGCCACCAGACAAGGACCCAAUCAUAGAAUAGGUUUUUUUUUUCUUUUUCUUUUUCUUUCUGAAGGACAGGACCCAUGCCAGCCAGCAGAGCAAGUCCACCCGAUUGUCGGGACUGGCUUUAUAGCACAUGCCUCAGGAAAGCCUGAAGGACAGGACCCAUGUCAGCCACUGGAACAGCAACCCUGUCUUAGAUUAGGUUUUUUUGUUUCUUUUUUCUUUGUUCUUUUCUUCUGAAGGACAGAUCCCAUGCCAGGAACUGAGGAGAGGCUGAAGGACAGGACCUAUGUCUUCCACCGGUACAGCAACCCUAUCUUAGAUUAGGUUUUUCUUUCCUUUUUCUUUCUUUCUUUCUUUCUUUCUUUCUUUCUUUCUUUCUGUAGGACAGGACCCACGCCAGCCAGCGGAGCUAGUCCACCCUAUUUUCGGCCCUGGCUCGGGUCUCAGUGCGGUAUGACAUUGUCGAUGACUUUAGACUUUAUAAAGUGAAUGAUGGAUUACAUGAAUGACAUGUUGCCGUGGAAACCUGAUUAUGAUUCAAAACAAAACAUUCCGAGUUCCAGAAUCAUCUCAUUGUUCUUCUGCAGCUCUGAGGUCAUCGAUGAUGUCAUGAAGCUUUGAUGUAUAGAAACCAUACCAACCAAACGGCCAGUUCAUCCAAUCGUCAGACCUGGCUCUGGAGAGCCGGCGUCUCAGGAGAGGCUAAAGGACAGGACCCACGCCAGCCACCACAACAGCAACCCUAUCUCAGGAUAGGUUUUUCUUUCUUUCUUUCCUUUUUCUUUCUUUCUUUCUUUCUUUCUUUCUUUCUUUCUUUCUUUCUUUCUUUCUUUCUGUAGGACAGGACCCACGCCAGCCAGCGGAGCUAGUCCACCCUAUUUUCGGCCCUGGCUCGGGUCUCAGUGCGGUAUGACAUUGUCGAUGACUUUAGACUUUAUAAAGUGAAUGAUGGAUUACAUGAAUGACAUGUUGCCGUGGAAACCAGAUCAUGAUUCAUAACAAAACAUUCCGAGUUGCAGAAUCAUCUCAUAGUUCUUCUGCAGCUCUGAGGUCAUCGAUGAUGUCAUGAAGCUUUGAUGUGUAGAAACCAUUCCAACCAAACGGCCAGUUCGUCCAACCCGAUCGUCAGACCUGGCUCUGGAGGGCCGGGGUCUCAGGAGAGGCGAAAGGACAGGACCCACGCCAGCCACCACAACAGCAACCCUAUCUCAGCCAGCAGAGCCAGUCUACCCAAUCUUCGGGCCCAGCUCUGGAGAACGAUUUUCAGGAGGGGCUGAAGGACAGGACCCAUGUCAGCCACUGGAACAGCAACCCUGUCUUAGAUUAGUUUUUUUUGUUUCUUUUUUCUUUGUUCUUUUCUUCUGAAGGACAGAUCCCAUGCCAGGAACUUAGGAGAGGCUGAAGGACAGGACCUAUGUCUUCCACCGGAACAGCAACCCUAUCUUAGAUUAGGUUUUUCUUUCUUUUUCCUUUCUUUCUUUCUUUCUGUAGGACAGGACCCACGCCAGCCAGCAGAGCCAGUCUACCCAAUCUUCGGGCCCAGCUCUGGAGAAUGAUGUUCAGGAGGGGCUGAAGGACAGGACCCAUCUCAGCCACUGGAACAGCAACCCUAUCUUAGAUUAAGUUUUUUUGUUUCUUUUUUCUUUGUUCUUUUCUUCUGAAGGACAGAUCCCAUGCCAGGAACUUAGGAGAGGCUGAAGGACAGGACCUAUGUCUUCCAACGGAACAGCAACCCUAUCUUAGAUUAGGUUUUUCUUUCUUUUUCCUUUCUUUCUUUCUUUCUGUAGGACAGGACCCACACCAGCCAGCAGAGCCAGUCUACCCAAUCUUCGGGCCCAGCUCUGGAGAAUGAUUUUCAGGAGGGGCUGAAGGACAGGACCCAUGUCAGCCACUGGAACAGCAACCCUGUCUUAGAUUAGGUUUUUUUGUUUCUUUUUUCUUUGUUCUUUUCUUCUGAAGGACAGAUCUCAUGCCAGGAACUGAGGAGAGGCUGAAGGACAGGACCUAUGUCUUCCACCGGAACAGCAACCCUAUCUUAGAUUAGGUUUUUCUUUCUUUUUCCUUUCUUUCUUUCUUUCUGUAGGACAGGACCCACGCCAGCCAGCAGAGCCAGUCUACCCAAUCUUCGGGCCCAGCUCUGGAGAACGAUGUUCAGGAGGGGCUGAAGGACAGGACCCAUGUCAGCCACUGGAACAGCAACCCUAUCUUAGAUUAGGUUUUUUUGUUUCUUUUUUCUUUGUUCUUUUCUUCUGAAGGACAGAUCCCAUGCCAGGAACUUAGGAGAGGCUGAAGGACAGGACCUAUGUCUUCCAACGGAACAGCAACCCUAUCUUAGAUUAGGUUUUUCUUUCUUUUUCCUUUCUUUCUUUCUUUCUGUAGGACAGGACCCACACCAGCCAGCAGAGCCAGUCUACCCAAUCUUCGGGCCCAGCUCUGGAGAAUGAUUUUCAGGAGGGGCUGAAGGACAGGACCCAUGUCAGCCACUGGAACAGCAACCCUGUCUUAGAUUAGGUUUUUUUGUUUCUUUUUUCUUUGUUCUUUUCUUCUGAAGGACAGAUCUCAUGCCAGGAACUGAGGAGAGGCUGAAGGACAGGACCUAUGUCUUCCACCGGUACAGCAACCCUAUCUUAGAUUAGGUUUUUCUUUCUUUUUCCUUUCUUUCUUUCUUUCUGUAGGACAGGACCCAUGCCAGCCAGCAGAGCCAGUCUACCCAAUCUUCGGGCCCAGCUCUGGAGAACAAUGUUCAGAAGGGGCUGAAGGACAGGACCCAUGUCAGCCACCUGAACAGCAACCUUAUCAUAGAUAAGGUUUUUCUUUCUUUUUUCUUUCUGAAGAACAGGACCAACGCCAGGCAGCAGACCCAGUCCACCCGGUCGUCGGGCCCAGCUCCAGAAAAAAGGGGCCUCAGAAGAGGCUGUAGGACAGGACCCAUGCCAGCCACCAGACAAGGACCCAUGCCAGCCACCAGACAAGGACCCAUGCCAGCCACCAGACAAGGACCCAAUCAUAGAAUAGGUUUUUUUUUUCUUUUUCUUUUUCUUUCUGAAGGACAGGACCCAUGCCAGCCAGCAGAGCAAGUCCACCCGAUUGUCGGGACUGGCUUUAUAGCGCAUGCCUCAGGAAAGCCUGAAGGACAGGACCCAUGUCAGCCACUGGAACAGCAACCCUGUCUUAGAUUAGGUUUUUUUGUUUCUUUUUUCUUUGUUCUUUUCUUCUGAAGGACAGAUCCCAUGCCAGGAACUGAGGAGAGGCUGAAGGACAGGACCUAUGUCUUCCACCGGUACAGCAACCCUAUCUUAGAUUAGGUUUUUCUUUCCUUUUUCUUUCUUUCUUUCUUUCUUUCUUUCUUUCUUUCUUUCUUUCUUUCUUUCUGUAGGACAGGACCCACGCCAGCCAGCGGAGCUAGUCCACCCUAUUUUCGGCCCUGGCUCGGGUCUCAGUGCGGUAUGACAUUGUCGAUGACUUUAGACUUUAUAAAGUGAAUGAUGGAUUACAUGAAUGACAUGUUGCCGUGGAAACCUGAUUAUGAUUCAAAACAAAACAUUCCGAGUUCCAGAAUCAUCUCAUUGUUCUUCUGCAGCUCUGAGGUCAUCGAUGAUGUCAUGAAGCUUUGAUGUAUAGAAACCAUACCAACCAAACGGCCAGUUCAUCCAACCCGAUCGUCAGACCUGGCUCUGGAGAGCCGGCGUCUCAGGAGAGGCUAAAGGACAGGACCCACGCCAGCCACCACAACAGCAACCCUAUCUCAGGAUAGGUUUUUCUUUCUUUCUUUCCUUUUUCUUUCUUUCUUUCUUUCUUUCUUUCUUUCUUUCUUUCUUUCUUUCUGUAGGACAGGACCCACGCCAGCCAGCAGAGCCAGUCUACCCAAUCUUCGGGCCCAGCUCUGGAGAACGAUGUUCAGGAGGGGCUGAAGGACAGGACCCAUGUCAGCCACUGGAACAGCAACCCUAUCUUAGAUUAG